AUGGGUUCUACAGGGGAUUCAAAGACAUCGCCUGCAACUGCCAAAAACACCACUGCAGUAGGCUUCAAGCUCCAAGAUCCGCCUCGCGCAAUUUAUGGAUGGAGGCUUCACUUUUGCAUGCUUGGCCUGUCUCUAGCCCUUUUGCUGUCCGCUAUGGAGACAACAAUAAUCGCCACAACGUUGACUACCAUAGGUGCGGACUUCAAUGAAUACAGCAAUGUUGGAUGGGUAGUUACGGCGUAUCUUGUUACCAACAGCGGGUUCAUCUUGACUUAUGCCAAGUUGACGGACAUAGUUGGCCAGCGAAACGUUCUCGUUUUCGCACUCCUCUGGUUUACCGUCUUUUCAGGGCUCUGUGCCGCAGCUCAGUCCAUGAGCUUGACUCAUCUAAUCAUAUUCAGAGCACUUCAAGGAGUAGGCGGCUCUGGAAUUUUCUCCAUUGUCUUCGUGUGCUUGAUUGACAUCUGUCCCGCACGGUUCCUUGGGCCGUACUCGGCCGUGGUCAGCUCGGUGUUUGCUCUAGCCAGCAUUCUUGGACCUAUCCUUGGGGGCGUCAUUAGCGAUACCGGGGACUGGAAAUGGGUCUUUCUCCUAAACGUUCCCGGCUCCGCUGUUGCUGGUGCAAUCAUUAUAGCAUCCUUCCCGGCGGACGAAACCAUUGUGUGGGAUAAGUCGAUCUGGAGAAGAAUUGACGUUCUUGGUUCUCUUCUCUCCAUAGGCUCUGCUGUCAUGCUGCUCUAUGGCCUUCAGACCGGAGGUACUGAACAUCCAUGGAACGACGCCCGCAUAAUUGGCACCAUCGUAGCAGGCGCCUUCACAGUGGUUCUCUUCUUCCUUUACGAAUGGGUUCUCCAACGCAGCCCGCAAGCGAUCAUUGAGCCGGUUCUGCCACUGCGCUUACUUAAAAACCCUCGGAUAGCUUGCUUGCUUCUCACCGCGUUCUUUCAGGGUUGCGUGUUCUUCCCUGCCAUUGUCAACCUCCCACAGCUCAAUCAGAUCGUCCAUCUCAACUCAGCCGCAAUAUCCGGUGUUCGUAUUUUACCAUUACUAUUGCUAUCCUCGCUUGGUUCUAUGUUGUCGGGAAUUCUGCUGUCCAAGACCAUUCGUUUCGGUUGGCAAACAAUUUUAUUGGGUGCUAUCAUCGCAUCUCUUGGUAUGGGGCUGUUCAUUGAGUUACCCUUUAGCGAGGGCUUGCUGGCUAGAAGUUAUGGUUACCAAGUCAUUCUUGGUGCCGGCCUUGGUAUUAUGAUGCCAGCAUUCAUGAUUCUUGGGAGAGCCGAGGUUGAGGAUAGAGACAAUGCCGUUAUCAUGGGUGCGCUGAACACUGUUCGAACAAUGGGAGGUUGCAUUGCUCUUUCAGUCUGCUCUGCAAUCCUCCACAACGAGGUGCCGAAGCGACUCCACGACUUGCCGGAGAACGUGGUAGGCUCGCUCCUUAGUUCACCAACAAGCGCCUUGGGACAAAUGGACCGUGAAACCGCCAACGUGGUACGUCGGACUUACAAUGAUGUGUACCGACUUCAGUGGAGUGCCGUUACUGUGUUGGCAGCCAUCCAGCUGCUCUUUGCCGUACCACCUCUUUUCCUUGCUGGGAAGCCAACCACCCCAGACCCAGAUGGAAGAACCACCACCUCAAGCGCAAACGAACGUUCCGCCGAGCAAAGUGUUUCCAAGAGCGACAUUUGA